AUGGGCAGUUACAGAAUGUGUCUCUUCUUCAAGAGGAAGUUCAGGGUGACGGAGCCCGGUCCGGUUGAUGACGUCAGAGACGUCUUCUCGAGAUACGCGGAUGGUCAAACUCACAUGUCCCCGGAGCAGCUACAGAAACUCAUGGCGGAUGAGAGAAGAGAUGAUUUAGGAUCGAGUCUCGAAGAUGCGGAGAGGCUCGUUGACGAGGUGCUUCGCCGGAAACACCACAUUGCAAAGUUCACCAGACGAAACCUCACUCUUGAUGAUUUCAAUUAUCUUCUCUUCUCCACUGAACUCAAUCCUCCGAUCGGCGAUAAGGUUCAUCAAAACAUGGAUGCUCCUCUGUCACAUUAUUUCAUAUUCACAGGCCACAACUCCUACUUAACCGGAAACCAGCUGAGUAGCAAGUGCAGUGGCCUUCCCAUUGCAGAUGCAUUGAGACGAGGCGAUCAAAAUUGCAGGACCUUGACCAAGCCUGUGAAACUAGGGAAGUGUUUGGAAUCCAUUAAAGCUCAUGCCUUCACUACUUCAAAGUAUCCUGUUAUCAUCACUCUUGAAGACCAUCUAACUCCUAAACUUCAAUCCAAAGUUGCCAAGAUGAUAACUCAGACAUUUGGAGAGAUGUUAUAUUACCAUGAUUCUGAAAGUUGCAAAGAGUUUCCUUCUCCAGAAGAGUUGAAGGGAAAGAUUCUUAUAUCAACAAAACCUCCAAAAGAGUACUUAGAAGCUGAUGAUGCCAAGGAGAAAGAUAGUGGAGAGAAAGGGAAGGAUUCUGAUGAGGAUGUAUGGGGCAAGGAGCCAGAAGAACUUAUUUCUACUCAGUCUGAACUUGACAAGGUCUCAAAUAGCAUAAACUAUAUUAAUCAAGAUGAUGAAGAGAGGGGUUCUCGAGAUUUUGAUACGUCAUGUUCAUUACAAGCACCAGAAUACAAACGUCUUAUUGCCAUCCAUGCCGGGAAGCCCAAGGGCGGUUUAAAGAUGGCUUUAAAAGUUGAUCCAGACAAAAUCAGGAGACUUAGCCUAAGCGAGCAAUUACUUGAGAAAGCUGUAGCAUCACAUGGUGCAGAUGUUGUAAGAUUCACCCAGAAGAACUUUCUGAGGAUAUAUCCCAAAGGCACAAGGUUUAACUCUUCAAACUAUAAACCUCAGAUUGGUUGGAUGAGUGGAGCUCAAAUGAUUGCAUUCAACAUGCAGGGGUAUGGAAGAGCAUUGUGGCUGAUGCAAGGAAUGUUCCGAGCCAAUGGUGGGUGCGGUUAUGUCAAGAAACCAGAUUUUCUUAUGAAUGUAGGUCCUAAUGGACAAGUUUUUGAUCCCAAUGAGAUCUCAUCUCCAAAGAAAACUCUAAAGGUUAAAGUCCUUAUGGGAGAUGGAUGGCACCUAGACUUCAAAAAAACUCACUUUGAUCGCUAUUCUCCUCCAGACUUCUACGUUAGAAUUGGUAUUGCUGGAGCACCUGCUGAUAAGGCAAUGGAGAAAACAGAAGUUAAAUUUAAUACAUGGACACCCAUUUGGAACGAGGAGUUCACAUUCAAGUUAACUGUUCCUGAGCUUGCUCUUCUCCGCGUUGAAGUGCAUGAGUACGACAACAAUGAAAAAGAUGAUUUUGGAGGUCAAACUUGUCUACCAGUGUCUGAGUUAAGGCAAGGCAUACGCGCUGUUCCACUUUACAACAGAAAGGGAGUGAAGUACAGCUCCACGCGACUUCUUAUGCGCUUUGAGUUUGUCUGAAGACGACAGUUUUGGUUCGUGUAUCCAUAUAGGACUUGUAUCUAUUGUUAUGUUUUAUUAUGUGAGGAGUUAAAAAAACGAAUGUUUUACCUGAGUAAUAUAUAGAUCUUUUGCAUUUCUUGUGAAUUUAUAAUGCUUAAAAUAGUUAUUUUUACUCAUGUGGACUUGUAUAGAUCAAGAAGCUUCAUAUCUUUGUCUACAUUAUUUAUAGUUGUUUAAGCCUUUGUCUCUCUGUUUUGCUGCACUAAACACGUGAAAUUUUAAAGUAAAGGUAUAAAUAUACUAGAAUCUUUUGUUGUUAAAUGAAUUUUUUAGUACUAGUUAAUCAAUAUUCUUUUUAGUGUAACUUUACAUUUAACUAUCUC